CGCAGACCUAGGGAUAUCGUACAAAACAACCCUUUACGCAGCUAGCUCGACUACAUUUGCUGAUCUCUAGCAGAACAAAACUCUCUGAAGAGCAUCAUGUCCAUGGCAGAUUGUCCUGAGAUGCAGAUGCCUGAAGGGUAUCCAGCAGAUCAUGAUGGAAUGGAAACUGACUCCACAAUCACUUCAGAAUCAAGGACCCGGAAUUGGCACUUCUUCGGCACAUCCAACGAUGUCUCGCUGUUGGAAAGCGGUCUUCUGCAGAGAAACAUGGACGACAUGAGCGACAAUUAUCAUGUAUUUCAAGAAAAGCUUGGAAAACAAGCGAUUGAUCCCAAGUUGGUGUCGGUGAUGGAGUAUUUCAGGGAACUCUAUGUUCAUAGUCAAGAAGUUUUCGUGAAGAUCUUUCCGGGGCGGCUCCAUGAGCACGAAAUGGUGAAGUUGCUUGAGAAAUAUGAGACAGUGGUGUUCCCAGUACUACUCAAAAGUACAGAUGCAAUGAAAGUGCGGACGCUGCAAAGGAGUUUGAGCAUCGGCUCCCCAAGACCACUGGUUAAAGGAGGAGAUCAGGAAUCGCCAUUAAAGCUGGAGUAUUUCAAGGUCCGGACUGUGUACACCAAUGGAGCCAGCCCACGAGGAGAUGUUCAAGGCAGUCAGGUUCAAAAAUAGUCAAGUAGUGCUGAGAAUAAAAGUUAAGACUUUGGUGGCUUUAAUUAAAGCAUUGUAACGAAAAACAUGCAUAAAUG